AUGAGCAAAAACACAAGACCUCCGAAUGAGCUUGAAAGUAGUUUACAUCAAGCAGCCCUCACAUCUCCAAACAAUGAACUCAGCGCAAAAGCGGCAGAGUCCAUCAUCGCGGAUCCAGCACAGCGAAAAGAUGCUCUGAAUUAUCUGCUUGCCGUUGGUCUUCUCAAGCCACUCAAGAAUAGCAAAGGCGCUCUUAUCUUUAGAGCUGUGACUAGGUCGGAACAUACAACAAAUGUCGGGCUCUCAGAAGAAGAAAAAGUUGUUCUAGGGUAUAUCAGAGGAGCUCAGAAUGAAGGCAUAUGGGUAAAGCAUUUAAAAGCUAAGAGCAAUUUUCACCAGACUGUUCUGGAUCGAUGUAUCAAGACGUUGGAGCAGAAGAAGCUGAUCAAAAAAGUACCAUCAGUCCAACACCCGACCCGCAAGAUAUAUAUGCUUGAAGGUCUAGCACCUUCCGUUGCUUUAACAGGCGGUCCAUGGUUCACUGACGGUGAAUUUGAUACCGAAUUCAUUGAAACCCUGAUGAAAGCAUGCUUCAAAUUCAUACGCGACAUGAGCUUUCGUGGACGGCAGACUGACGGUGCCUUGUAUCCAAUUGCUAAAGCUCCCAAAUAUCCGACCGCCCAACAGGUCCGGAAUGCCUUGAAGCAGGCACGCCUUACAGAAACCGAUCUCACCGUUGAACAUGUUGAAAUACUUUUGAAUGUAUUGGUCUUAGAUGGGGAGAUUGAAAAGCUUCCCGCCUUUGGAAGUUCCUUGUGGGAUUCUGGCGCCAUAGACGAUAAUGACUCUGCAGACGAAAAACGUUCCAAAAAGAAAAGAAAGCACCACUCGUCUGAUAACGAAAGAGACGAUGAGCGAUCGAGCAGGCGAAAGAACAAAAAAUCUAGGACCGUCGAUGACUCGGAGUUAGAAGAUGACAGCUCUUCUGGGAAAAAUGCUAAACGCAAGAAGGGAUUAAGCUCUGAUGAUUCCGACGCUACCUCAUCUAAAACUAGCAGAAGGAAGUCAAAGAGGAAGAGAAUGGACUCGGAUGUGUCUGAUAAGGAAUCUAGUGAUGAGAAAUCGACGAAUAAACGAAGGCCGAAAGGGAAGAAGAGUCGGUAUGCUUCAGAUUCUAGCUCUGAUUCAGACGACAGUCGUUCACACCGAAGCAAGCCAAGAUCUAUGAAACGCUCCCCCUCACCAUUCUUUUCUUUUGAUGAAGCGGGUAGCAGCGUGUAUAGAGCUAUUCGAGAAGAACGUGUAUCUCUCGGAUGGUCUCAAGCGCCUUGUGGCGGAUGCCCGUCCUUCGAGUUCUGCAAGAGCGGGGGGCCUGUAAACCCCGGAGAAUGCGUUUAUUAUGGUGAUUGGUUGGAAGGUGGUACCGUAGCUGCGAUUGAAGAUGCUCAGUAG